AAUCAGCAGAGUACAGAAUGUCAUUUCAAGAAGUAGAAGACAUAUUUAGGCAAUGGGGCCACCUUAUUUCUCAUCUCUUUUCUUCAGGAAUUUGCAGCUAUGGCAACUUUCAGGCUAAGAUCACUUUUGGGUCUCCACAAAUGGAGGCCCAAGUUAUUGGUUUGUUCAGCUUCACACUUUUCUCCAUUUCGCAGCUACUCUUCACUGAAUGACACAUCUCUUUUUGGAUAUCUGGAUCUUCUACAGAGAAUUGGAUUUAUAGGACUUGGAAACAUGGGAUCAAGAAUGGCCGAUAACUUGAUUAAGGCUGGAUACAAUCUUGCAGUUCAUGACAUCAAUCAUAAUGUUAUGAAGAUGUUUUCGGACAAAGGCGCUCUCACGGAAGACUCGCCUUUGAAAGUUGCAGAGACAAGUGAUGUCGUUAUUACAAUGUUACCAUCAUCAAACCAUGUUCUGGAUGUUUAUACUGGUCAAAAUGGCUUGCUUAGUGGUGGUAAUCCACUCAGACCAUGGCUAUUUAUUGAUUCUUCUACGAUUGAUCCUCAAACAUCAAGAAAGGUCUCUGCAGAUGUGUGUAAUUGUUCUUUGAUACACAAGAGAGAUGGCUGGAAGACUCCUGCUAUGUUGGAUGCUCCAGUAUCUGGCGGUGUUCUUGCAGCAGAGAAUGGGGCUCUUACUUUCAUGGUUGGUGGUACAGAGGAGGCUUACACGGCUGCCAAACCCUUGUUUCUCUCAAUGGGCAAAAACUCUAUUUACUGUGGUGGAUCGGGGAAUGGUGCAACUGCAAAGAUCUGCAACAAUUUGGCGAUGGCUAUUAGUAUGCUUGGGGUGUCAGAAGCCUUUGCUCUUGGUCAGUCUUUGGGAAUUGCAGCUAGCACUCUAACAAAAAUAUUCAAUUCUUCAAGUGCUCGCUGUUGGAGUAGUGACACAUACAAUCCAGUGCCUGGGGUGAUGGAUGGGGUGCCCUCUUCCAGGAAUUAUAUUGGAGGUUUUGCAUCCAAGUUGAUGGCUAAAGAUCUGAACCUUGCUGCAGCAUCAGCAAAAGAAAUUAGACUCAAGUGUCCUUUGACAUCACAAGCAGAAAAGAUCUUCUCAGAGCUCUGCAAUAUUGGUCACGAGGCAAAGGACUUCUCCGGUGUAUUCCGCUACUACUACUCUGGAAAAGAUGAGCAGUAAUACCCUAAGCUAAGCAGUUCACAUUGUUGGAAUCCUGCAUAAUGAUGAACACUGAAGUAAAUGGACUGAUUUUUGUUUUUCUCCAGAGUUUCUGGUUCUAUCUGACAGUGUAGGAUUUUGUGCUCUUCUAUGAAGAUCCCUCUUAAGGGUGUUCAGAUAUUAGAUCUAAGGCUCUCUAUAAGUGGAACAAUUAAUAUUUUAGUUGUAGAAAUAGUCUACCAAUUUAUGUUUAAAUUUAAAUUUCUGUUUAGAUAUUUUAGGUUGUUGAAUAUUUAUUAUGUAGAUUUUAUUUUCUGUUUCUUAGUGGCUA